UGCUUGGAGCUGUUUGUUCAGCUUCCGCUGGGCUGCUUUGUGCUCGACCUGGCCCCCCCUGCUCGCUCUGUCUCCACGCAGCCCAGGAGCCCCUUCCACCUCGGAGCAGCCAGGAUGUUCAACAGGAGAACCAGCAUGAGCGGCCGGGAAUACAGCCCCGGAGUGCUCAUCGGCAACUGGAACGAGGACGUGUACCUUGAAGAGGAAUGCCUGAAAGACUUUUUAUAUAGAAGAGAAAGAGGAGAACUUCUUAUCCAGAGAUCAAAAAAAAUCAAAGAGCACCUGUACAAGAAGGAGCAGCUGUCUGUUUCGAAAGACGGGUUUAUUCACUUUGGUGACACGGUUAUGUUGCUGAGCCCAGAUAACAACAAAUCGCCCAUGGAGAAUUACCCUGCUGUGUGUGGGAAUCUGUCUCUGGCCGUCAAUCCUGAUGAAGCUUCGGUGCACAGAUCUGCCAGGCUGCCGGUCCCUUGCGGAAUGAGUGCAUGCAAAACUGUGACCCCAGCGGGCCGGAACGUAUUUCAGAUUUUAAGUACUGAAGGAGAAGCCAUGGGAGAACCUGUGAGGUUUGGGCAGAAUUUUGGCCUUGGAACAGCAGGAGGGUUUCCAGAGCCAAUGCUCUUUCUAGCGAGUGACCACAAAACAUUUAUAAAUAUGGCGAAGAAAUCCAGCCACCAGUCUGUCUUCAUGACAGAUGAACUUUCCUACCUGGCCUCUUGGCAAGCUACCUUUCUGGAUCCUCAGUACCGAAUGGAAUAUGAAGGCUUCCCUGUUCCGGCUAACACAAAAAUCCUCAUCAUCCACAGCCAUACGAAUCAGGGGCUGGCAAUUCCUCGCAACUUUUGGAUAUGCUGGAGUGCAAGGAGGAGCAAAGGGAUGCCAAGCACAGACAAAACAUGCAGUUACCCACUAGCUCAGUUGCGCACGCACCAUCACGGGAACCAACUUGCCAUGUUUGUCCACACGCUGGGUGUACAUGGAAGGUCUUGUGCAGCCAUCCUGUGCCUUUCUCCUGUAUGGGGAACAGAAGAUGGGAGAGGAUGGGUGAUUUACAAGAAGAUGACAGUGCUAUCUGCAUCCACCCAUAUAAUUCCGGGAAGUCUUCUAUGUAUUUAUUUACAAGCAUGUACAAUUUGCUUGCAUAUACACAUUUCCAAAUGUUGUACACAAACCAUAAAAUUAAAAACAUAUAAACCCAAUGCAAAUAAUAUGUUGGGCCGUAUUAAUUUAAAUGCAUUUAUGGGAAUGAUAGCUUGUGCAACGGGGCUUAUGUACUUCUAAAAAUAACCCCAGAAAUGCUGGUUUCUAGACCGGGGCAAGUCAGUGGA